AUGGCCGGCACCAUCUUCACCAGCGAGGUCCUCGGCGAGCUGCCUUUUUUCGACUACCUGCUCGCGGACAGGUACAUCAUCUCCCCCGCCGGAGAUAGAAUCUCGCCCACGCAAAUGUGUUACUGGAUCGUAGUCUCUAUCACAACUGUGGGCUAUGGUGAUUUUGCCCCACGGACCGUCAUUGGCCGAUUCUUCACCUCGGUCUUCAUUGUCGCUGGCGUUCUCUACCUAUUCAUGGUACAAGUCGAGUUUAUGAAGGCGUGGGCUGAGAUACACGAGGGCUCGGGCGUCUACCAGGCAAAACCGAGAAAGAGGGGCAGCCUGCAGCGCCACGUCGUGGUCGUCCUCUGCACGAGGAGGCGCGCAGUGCACUUCUCCUCAAUGCUUGCUGGCUUCUUGCGCGAGAUCCUUCACACAGAGCGGUCGCACGAGUGGCCGGACGUGGUGAUCUUCUCCCGGACGCCAUGGGAUGUGGCAGGUGACGGGGAGGAAUCGCAAGGGUCGACCUUUGAUGAUUUCCUACGGGCCGAGGGCUUAAGUGCGUCGGUGCGCAGGCGCGUGCUCUUCAUCGUGGGCAAGCUGAGCAGCAAGGCAGACAUGGAGCGUGCCGCGAUUGGCCAAAGCUUGGCCUUUCUGCUGGCGGACGUGGCCAGCGAGACUCCAGACAGGGAAGACGAGGACAACCUCUUCACAGCCGUGCUCAUGCGGCAGUUCUUCCCCGACGCGCAGCUCCGCGUCAUGCUGCUCCGGCCGCAGUCCAAGGAGCUUGCGGUGCAGGCGGGCAUCGAGAUCUCCAGGUGCUUCUCCCUGCAGGAGCUCAAGGCAAACAUCCUGGCGCAGAACGUCCGCUGCCACGGCCUCGUGCCCAUGAUCACCGGCAUGCUCCUCUCCGUGGACGUGCGGGAGGAGGCCCGCGGCCUCCUGCGCGCGUCCGGGAGGGGGACGGGCGCCCCAGACCGCAGCACCCACGACGGCGCGGUUCCCGAGGAGGCGCACGGCUCCCCGCCCGUGUCUCCGCACUACGAGGCGAGGCCGUCGGCAUACUCGGGCUCGUCCUCGUCCAGAUCGUCCAGCUCCGCGGGCCCGGGCGUGGGCCCGCGGCACUCGGGCUCGAUGAGGUCCCGGGCGUCCACCCAGUCGGCCUCCAGCGUUGCCAGCAGCAUCAGGGCCGGGCAGAGGGCCCUGUGGACGCGCUUCCGCGACAGCUCUGCGUGGAAGGAGAAGGUGUCGCCGUGGGUCCUCGACUACAUCGAGGGCCUGCAGCGCAGCGUCUUCGGCUUCGAGCUGUCCGAGGACCUCGCGGGCCUAUCCUUCGGGGAGAUCGCCACCGCCGUGUUCUCGAGGACGGGCGCCAUCGUGUUCGCGACGUUCGUCAAUUGCCAGCUCCUGAUCUGCCCCCAGGAUGUCAGCGAGGCCGAGGAGAGGCAGAUCUUCUUCGCGGUGGCCAAGGACGAGUCGACGCUGAAAGGGUGCCGCACAGCGGAAUUUCCCGCCGACAACUGGCGGCGGUCGCUGCUGAUGGCGCGGCACCUGGAGCGGCGCAAGACCCGGCAGGGCCCGCACGUGUCCGCCUCGAAGCUCCUGGGCCACAGCCUGCGGCGCGCCAUGGUCUGGAGGUCGGGCCGGUUCACCCCCGAGCCGGGGGCCAUCAGCAGGCAGCAGAGCCCGCUGUCGCUGCCGUACACGCCGAUGGCUCCCAUCAACGGCGGCGCGCCGUUGCAGCGAGAGAUGGGCAGCAGCCUGGAGAGCGUGCACUCGUACGGCGGCGGCAGAGAGGUCAGCCUGCGCGAGCAGCAGAGGCGCCUGCAGUACCUGAGGAGCCAGCUCGCGCACACGGGGGAGGAGCUGGUAGUGGUGAUCGUCUGCCAGGGUGAGGUCUGGCAGCAGGUCCGCACCUUCGUGGCGUCUCUCUGUGCGCCCCACCUGCCCGACAGGAGGCCCAUCGUGGUCUUCGCGCCCACGAAGAUGCCGAGGCAGCUCCUCGACGAUGACCUGGACGGCCAAGUCCUGGUCGUAGAGGGCAAUUGCACCAAAGUGAAGUCUCUGAUCGAAGCUGGCGUCCUCGAGGCCAGCGCGGUGGUGGUGAUGAGCGGACAGGCUCCUGCUGCUGAAGGCCGGGAGACUCUCCACCAGGACUCGCGCAUAGUGCUCUGCGCCCAGAUCCUGGAGUGCUGGUGCGGCAUGUCCGGGCACGAGGUGUACGCCACCUACGAGCUGCAGCACAGCGGCUCCGUGCGGAAGCUGCCCAAGAUUCUGCAGAAGUCUUUCGCGAGCAUGGAAGACCUCCUCAGUGGGCGGCCCCAUGACUAUCACGUUGGGCAGGAGCCCGACACUGCGGCGGCAGGCGAGAGGCGGUUCAGCUCGAUUGCCAGCGCUAACAGUUCCCAGAGUGGUGCCAGCAGUGCAGCCGAGUUCACCGAGCCCGAGGGUGGCGUAACGGACACGAGGUCGAGAGGCGAUGCACGGACGAGGGAUGCCGACGAGAGCAUUUCUGCAAUGUACCACCCGCGCUUCGCGGCGGGCCAGAUCUUCACCCCCGAGCUGUGGGGGGCCAUGCUCGGGUACAUGUAUUAUAUGCCCGCCAUCAUCGAGCUCGUCGAGGCCCUGGUCAUGCCCCACAAGCGAGAGCAGCAUGCCUAUCCGUGGCAGAUCUGUGUGCCCACGGCGCACGUGGGCCGAAAGUUCGGCGAGCUCUUCUCGGACCUGGCCCUGGAGGGCAUCCAGACGAGGCUCGCUGCCGCGGAGGCCCAGGCGCCUCCCGGGGCAGGCGCCGGCCCGGGGCCGCGAGAGGAGGACGAGGUCUACUCGCUCGGGCCUGCGGUCGCCCUGGCGCUGCACCGGAGGCGCGAGGAGACGCUGAGCCUCGCGCCGGGCACCGGGGGCCACAACUACACGAUCCUCGCGCCGCCGCCUAGCACAAGGCUGCGUGCUGACGACUGGGUGGUGGUCCUCGGGAGCGCUGCCUUCGGCAGGCACAUGUGCCGGGUGGGGCUGCUUCGGGGCAGCGGAGAGGCCGCGCACAGAGCAGACGGUGAUGAGCUCUAG